AUGAAGAUCACAUCACCAAUUUUGGUGUCUCUUGCAGGACUAACGUCAAGCCAUAUCAUUCCUCGUCAAGGAUCAAUCGAUUAUAACGUUGCUCCGCCAAACCUUUCCACGCUAGCUAAUGUCUCUUUAUUCAACACAUGGCGACCAAAAGCGCACGUUCUUCCGACAUAUGGUCAGAUAGGCGACCCAUGCAUGCACUAUACUGACCCCAAAACCGGCAUCUUCCACGUAGGAUACCUCCACAACGGCGCAUCAGGUGCAACAACAAGCAACCUAGUUACCUACACAGAUUUGAAUCCCAACUCUGAGCCCUUCAUCCGCGCAGGCGGCCUCAAUGACCCCCUCUAUGUGUUCGACGGUAGUGUAAUUGAGCGCGGAAUUAACGGUACACCUACACUACUCUACACCAGCGUGAGCUACCUACCCAUUCAAUGGACCGUCCGUUAUACCAAAGGAAGCGAAACCCAAUCCCUCGCCGUGGCCACAGACGGAGGAAGGAACUUUACCAAGUCCAACAUUGGCCCCGUAAUCCCUAGCCCUCCAUUUGCCGUAAACGUCACGGGAUUCAGAGACCCGUAUGUUUUCCAAAACACACAAGUCGACAGCCUGUUGGGAAAGCGGGAGGGGACCUGGUAUACCGUCAUUUCCGGCGGUGUGCAUGGCAAAGGCCCAAGCUUGUUCCUGUAUGCUCAAUACGACGAUGAAGAUGCCGAUCUGUUCCAGACAUGGGAGUAUCUGGGCGAAUGGUGGCAUGAGCAGGCAAACACGACGUGGACUGAAGAGGGCUGGGCCGGACGUUGGGGCUUCAACUUCGAAGUUGCAAACUACUUUGCUCUGGACAAGCACGGUGCUAACCCCAAGGGUGAAACUUUCGUCACCGUGGGUGCAGAGUGGAGUUAUACGCCAAUCAUCCCGCAAGUCUCAGACAACAGAGACAUGCUCUGGGCCGCUGGAAAGCAAACCCUCGUCGACGGAAAACUGACAUUCGAGCCCACCAUGGCUGGAAGACUAGAUUCCGGACGCUCCGCGUACGCAGCUGCUGGCAAAGUCCUGCCCGCGGACUCGCAAGCUAGCUGGUCAAGCGGCGCACCCGAUCGCUUCAUCACGUACGUAUGGCUAACAGGCGACUUCUACGGAACCGCAAAACAAUUCCCCACCGCACAGCAAAACUGGACCGGCUCCCUGCUUCUCCCCCGCGAACUCAGCGUCGGCUACCUAAACGUCGUCGACAACGAACUUUCGCGGGAAAAGGGCUCGUGGAGAAUCGACUGCGAGAACAGUGACGGUACUCUCACACUAGCGACAUUGCACCAGAAGAUCGCGCGGGAACCUUAUGCUGCGUUUACGAAGAACGCGACUGGCACUAUCACACAAUCUGGUGGAAGAGUUUCCCAGACCACGAAGUUUAAGACAAGUCCAAAGUCGAAGCAUUACAUGUUGUCCGCCAGUUUGACUUUCCCAUCACGCUCAGAGUCGCUGAAAGCUGGCUUCAAUAUCCUCACAGGCGCACGUGAAUCCACACCUAUUUACUACCAAUUCUCCAACGAAAGCUUCAUCGUCGAUCGCUCAAAUUCUUCUGCGGCGGCGGCGACUACAUCUGGUAUCGCCAAUGACAAUGAGACUGGAAAGUUCCGCUUGUUUGAUGUUGCUGGCGGCAAUGGAACGCAGGUUGAGACGUUGGAUUUGACCAUUGUGGUAGAUGGCGGCGUUGUGGAAGUUCAUGCUAAUAAUCGGUUUGCGUUGAGCACUUGGUUACGGAGCUGGUAUGCGGAUAGCACCGGUAUUGAGUUCUUUGUGGAGGGUGGUGAGGUUACUUUCAGCGAGGUCAAGGUUUGGGAGGGUCUUGUUGAUGCAUGGCCGCAGCGGAAGAGCGUCGUUCAAAGCGCAUGAAGUGUAUAUACAAUUAACUUGUAAAUAUAAUAUCUGUUGAGA